AUGCACAAGUAAUCAAAUUUGCAGCCAAUUACAUGUGAUAUAAAGAUAGAAUUCUGUAAACAGAACAAUGACUAGAGAUUUGUGACAGCAAAUAAUAUCUUUGAAUUUUUUGUGCUACAUUUCACAUUGAUGCGACUCUCUUGAUUCUUUUGCUUUUCAACUUUUGCUUCUGGAACUGAUUCUGUUUCCCACUUUCAUCAGCCCGCAGUAUGAAUUCAUGAACCUCUCCAGCAGGUCCACCACCACCACCCCUCUCAUUAAAUACACCACCACCUCCUCCUAACAUAAACCAACAAGCUUCAGUUUUGAAAGUGGUUGAAUUGAAUGGCCUCAAAGAGAAUAUUGAAGGAGCUCAAGGACUUGCAAAGAGAUCCACCAACUUCAUGUAGUGCAGGUCCUGUGGCUGAGGACAUGUUUCAUUGGCAAGCAACAAUAAUUGGUCCAUAUGAUAGCCCUUAUUCUGGGGGUGUCUUCCUUGUGACUAUCCAUUUUCCACCUGAUUAUCCUUUCAAACCUCCAAAGGUUGCCUUCAGAACUAAAGUGUUCCAUCCAAAUAUAAACAGCAACGGCAGUAUCUGCUUGGACAUUCUCAAGGAGCAAUGGAGUCCAGCACUCACCAUUUCCAAGGUUUUACUGUCCAUAUGUUCAUUGCUGACCGAUCCAAACCCCGAUGACCCUCUUGUGCCUGAGAUUGCUCAUAUGUGCAAGAGUGACAAAGUCAAAUAUGAGUCAACGGCUCGGAGUUGGACCCAGAAGUAUGCCACUUGUUAAUAAAAAUCCUAAUCUUGUUUAAGUGAUUUUCCUGCUCUUCUUACUGUCAAUAAUUACUGUUUGUUUUAUGACUGUUGAGGUCCCAACUUGUAAUCUCCUUUGCUUGAAAAGAAUAUAUAUAUAUAUAUAGCUGCCAACUUCUUGUA